AUGCUAUUUCUGCGCACCGACCCUCACGACGAGGACAUCUAUCCCAGCAUGAGUUUUCCGCGCGCAUUCGCAGAGCCUGACCAGACGAUUGAAAGCCCUGCUCCGGAUCCUUUGGACGAUGUCUUCGGCUCCGGCCCAUCGUCCCCAAUGCUGGAGCCGCACAACGACUCCGCCGCAGGCCUGGCUCGGAGCUCCGGGCCGCACCCAUCAGAUAUCCCCCGUCUGCAGCAGGAGCACAUGACAGCCGGGUACCGCGACGGCAUCACCGCCGCCAAGGCCGGCAGCGUGCAGGCCGGGUUCGACGAGGGGUUUGGCCUGGGCGCCACCAUCGGCCUGCGCGCUGGUGAACUCCUGGGUAUCUUGGAAGGGAUUGCUGGCGCUGUUCUAGAUGCCGAAGCCGGAACUGAGCAGUCUCCUACGCCGGCAGCCCUCCUCACUAGUGCAAGGGACGAGCUGAGCACCAAGAACAUCUACAGCCCGGAUUACUGGAACACUGACGGCACUUGGAAGUAUGACGUCCAAGUCGCGAGUGGUGCUGAGGGAGAUGUGACCUUUCCCGACGUAGCGGGCUCACAUCCACUGCUUCGAAAGUGGUCAGCCCUUGUUGAAACCGAGGUUCAAAGGUGGAGCAUUGAUCGUGGCGUCCUGCAAAGCGAUGAGACUCAACAUGUGGAGGUGACGCCCAAUUCACCUGCGAAGCCCCAGGAGUCUGGAUCCAGAGCUCGACCGGCACUAGAAUGGUGA